ACCACAAUAUACAUUCCUACACUCCUAAAUAAAAAAGCGCGCCUGGUCCAGCGGCCAGACUCGCAAAACGACCCGUCCCUUUAUGACGUCCGUCGGCACGGGCCCAUAGAUGCGCGAGUCCGUCGAGUUGCGGCGGUUGUCGCCCAGCAGCCAGACGCAGCCCGGGGGCACGACGUCGGCGAAAAAGCUGCCCGGGAUGCGCUCGCCCGCGACGGCGGCCACGCGCUUGCAGACCGUCUCGCCGGGCCGCGUCGGCGAGUCGGCCACCACGAUGUCGCCCGUCGCGAUGCGGCCGAGCCGCGGCGACACGCGAUCCAGCAACACGAGGUCGCUGUUGGCGUUCAGCGUCGGCUCCAUCGACGGCCCCGUGCAGAGCGUGAGGUCGACGACGUACGUCGUGACGCCCCAGAAGUAGAACCCGAACUUCGCGAGGCCCCACAAGGUGCGCCCCACGCUCUCGCCGUCGGGCGGCGCCUCGUCCUUCCACCAGCCCGUCCACGGCGGCGGCUUGCUCGUCUCCGGCGCUUUGUGCGGCGGUGGUUUCGCUGGGCCUCGUCGUUUCGGGCGCCGCGCGCGGCCCGCAAGCGGUCGCCGUGGAGUGGGCGCUGCAACGCGCAACGCAGUUCGCGAAGCGUGCGCGGCCAGACGGAGCGUGGUGCACGGCGCGGCGCGCGGCGCGACGCGCGCGAUGGCAAGCAUGAGGCUCUCUGGCAGCCUUGCAGCACCGCACUUGUGCAGCUAAUCUAUGAUUGGAAGUAGUCUCAAACACAGCAAAGCGCUGCUCUACGCUUUCUAGCUCCCAGCAUGCGCUGAUGAUGAGGCUAAAAAAGCACAAGGCAUCGAGAUAGCGGUCUG